UCAAACUGCUGUCACAUGGAGUACCGCAAACAAAAAGCACGUUGUUUUGUUUUCCGCGUGUGUUGAUCGGUUGGAAAAAGGCUUCGAAAUGGCUAAAUUACUCGCUUACUAUAAUCUGUGUCCGAUUAAUAAUGUUGACGAUUUCCUUGGCUUGUCGCGCGAUGUUGAUCCGGGUUGUGUUAUCAACACGCUCGGUCGAAAUAUCAUACUGGUCGUGAAGCUAAGCAAUCAGAGACAGAUCCGAAGCUGGACCGUGCUGGACCGUCUCAGCAGUAAGGUGGUGUACGAUUUUCGAUCCGAACGGUACGUCGGUGUUUUCGGAGGGAAAUUUAUACGGUGCUGGAGCCAAGAUCACAACGAUAUCAACACGGUGAGGAAGGUGAAGCUGUAUCGCUCCGUACUGGACCUGUUCUCGCUGCCAAACGGUCAAACGUUGUUGCUGUACACCGAUGGAAGCUGCGAAUCGCUCGAGAGUGCACUGGAAACGCGAAAACAAAGCAAAGCGAAUCCGACCGACGGUACAGGGGCGGUACAGAACGUGAAUCCAAAAACGCACACAAUCCGUGACGUGCAGGUACUGGUGCUGGACAAUGGAACACCGCUGCUGACGUACUUUGUGCGGAAGGAGGACGAUGGUUCGCUGGAGCUUCACUAUGCGCUGCUAAAUCCGGGCGAUUUAAAGCUGCAGAAAGGGUUCGAAAAGAUUGCACUGCAACGGAUCGGUGAUGAUAUCAAGCUCGCGAGCAGUUGCAUCGUGGAUGGCAGUGAUGGACCCUCGCUGUUGACUAUUUGGUCUGAUAGUCGCAUCUUCAACCUGCAGCUUUCCCUCGGCCAAUCGCCCAAGCGCGAGGAAGGUGUGGGCAACGUUAUCGAAAUGGUACAAACGCUCAACGUGAAGCAACCACUUUCGAUGACCUGCAUCGGCAAGGACUACGUUGCGUUCUAUGCGAACAACAAAAACCAGGACGGUGCCAUACUGGUCCUGUUCAACGUACAGUUCAAAGUGUUUCAGGCGAAACAGUUCUUCAAGGUGUACUUUGCGUCGUCUCGCUUUUGGGUGGUGGAAAGCAACAUUCUGCUCGCGUUCGGCCAGAUGCUUGCGGUGGUGCCGUUUAAGAUAAGCAAGAAGCAACUUUCGGACAUGAUCGGGAGCCAGCAAACGUUCGACCUAACGCACACGGUCGACGACGAAAGCAUUAACGAGGAGUGCGAGUUUCUGGACACAUACUCGUUUAGCGAGUCAAUGACCGAAAAGGCGAAGCAAGGUGGAGUGUUUGGCGAGAGUGACGAAAAGGACGAGGAAGACGGCGAUACGGGUGGCAAGCCAUCGUGCCCCCGGUUGUUCAGUGAAUUCGAAUUUGACGAAGCACUUCGUGAGGCUUACCGCGAAUCGUUGCCGGUCGAUGUGGUGGAGUGUGACUCGCUGCCGGAGGAUAUGGUACAGAUAAAACUGUUCAACAAUGCCGAUUAUACGCUGGGACCGUUGAUUUUGAGCGAAAAGUUUGAAAUUAUUCUAGAAGAGCUGGAACGUAGCGGAUACUCGGAGGUGGAAAUUAGUGACCGUAUUGUGCCGGUGCUAGUGCAGGGAAAGCUUACCGUGGAUCUAGCCAAGUGUCUCAAGCGCUACUCAGUCAUCUCGGAACGGACGAUCGUUAAAGCGCUUAAGUACGCACUGUCUCUACCCAUUCCCGAGCACGACGAAGAACAGGAGACCGAGCAGGAAACGGUGGAGGUACCGAAAAAGCUUGAAGCGGAGCUACCCAAUCAAGACAUCAUCGUAGAAGCGCAAGCCAACCACCCGUCCCAUCGCGAUCUACUAAAUGUGGUGCUUUCGUGCAGUUUUAACCGUAAACCGAUGACGCAGUACAUCCGGAAGGAGCUAGAUUUUAGCUCCGUGACGGUGCUGAUGCAGCAUCUAGAGCAUCUACUGCUGGAUCCAUCGGCAACGCUUACCGAAACGCUUCACAACGGUGAUACGUUCGAUAGUGAUGAGCAGACGGUCAGCUGGAUCAUGGUACUGCUCGACUCUCACUACCAACAGUUUAUCCUCUCGACGGAGGACACGUUGCGCGCCCAGUUGCAACGGAUGCUGGACAUCGUCCAUACACAUAUGGAAUGUUUGCAUGAGCUCCAAACGCUAGCUCCUUCCUUGCGCCGCAUGAUACAGCGUAAAACGAACAAAUCGGCACGCGAUCCUAGCCAGUGGUACAACGUUGAAUCGAUUACGCUAUACUAGAUACGAGCAGAGGCAGAGACAGAGAGUGUGUAUCCAUAGUUGUCCUUGUAUAGGGGACGGAAGAAUAAAACAGCCACCGCUGAACCAUCUACGUGUUGGUGCCGAUAAGCCUUAAAACGCUGUUUA